AUGCUGCUCCCGCUGCGCGUCUUGGCGGUCAGCGCCGCCCUGCCCUUCGCCCUCGCUCUGUCGCCCGCCAGCAUUCCCGCCGACACACCCGUCUCGGAGCUGAUCGCCUCCGCGAACCAACAACUCGCCGCCGGCAACGCCCAGGAUGCCUUGACCUACUUCGACGCCGCUGUAUCCCGAGACCCUAAGAACUACCUCACCAUAUUCAAGCGCGGCGCCACCUAUCUUUCCCUCGGCAAGAACAACCAGGCCCAGCAGGACUUCGACAAGGUCCUCGCGAUAAAACCCGACUUCGAGGGCGCCCUGGUCCAGCGCGCGAAGCUGAAGAGUCGCCAUGGCGAUUGGGACGCUGCGCGCAAGGACUACGAGACCGCGGGCAAGAAGGGAGGUCCUGAAAUCACGGAAUUGGAGGAGGCCCAGGGCGCCGCGACUCUGGCCGCCGAGGCAGAGCAACAGGGCGACUGGGAUGGUUGCAUAACCAAUGCCGGCGUCGCCGUCAUGGUCGCUGGCGGCAACCUGGAGUUGCGCAAACUGAGGGCCAGGUGUCGGUUCGAGAAGGGCGAGGUCGCCGAGGGAGUCAACGACCUGCAGCAUGUGUUGCAGAUCAACUCAGGGUCCAUCGAGCCCCACCUCCAAAGUUCAGCCAUGACGUUCUAUUCCCUUGGCGAGACCGACAAGGGCUUAGCUCAUAUCCGCAAAUGUCUGCAGUCGGACCCCGAUUCCAAGGCCUGCAUGAAGCUCAUGAAGCGCGAGAAGGCGUUGGACAAGCAACUCAAGAAGGCAAAGGGUCUGGUGGAGAAGAGACAGUAUGCCAGUGCCGUUAAGCUUCUGAUCAAGUCGGGCGAAAGCGCAGGCCUUCUCGAGGAAGUGAAGGAGGAUGUCAAGCAGUACAAGGAACAGGGUUAUAUUCACAUCAAGACUCCGGACGGGCUCUACACGGACCUUGUCGAGAUGGUCUGCGAGGCUUAUGUCGAGAUGAACAACAAGAAACGCGCCGAAACAUACUGCGCGGAAGCACACAAGCUGAACCCCAACAAUCUGCAUGGUCUGAUUCUCGACGCAGAACGCAAGAUCGAUGCAGAUGAGUUUGAGCCGGCGAUUCACAUUCUAAACGACGCCAAUGAAAAGGCGAAGGAGCAAGGAAACCAGCAGCUGCAGCGAAAAAUCCAAGAGCUCCAGAAAAAGGCCCACAAUCUCCUAAAGCGGUCGAAGCAAAAGGACUAUUACAAGGUCCUGGGAGUUUCGAGGGACGCAGACGAGAGGGAGAUCAAGCGGGCAUACCGCAAGCUUACCAAGGAACACCACCCCGACAAAGCAUCACAGAAGGGCAUCACGCCAGAGGAAGCACAGAAGAAGAUGGCCUCAAUCAAUGAGGCUUACGAAGUGCUCAGUGACCCGGAGCUCAAGGCGCGAUUCGACAACGGCGAUGACCCCAACGAUCACGAGGGGCAAUCAAACCCGUUCCAGGGCUCUCCUUUUGGUGGACCUGGAGGUCAGCAGUUUUUCAUGCGGCCGGGAGGCCCGGGAGGUUCGUUCAAAUUCCACGCGGGUGGUGGUGGAUUUGGCGGAGGCUUCCCCGGUGGGGGAUUCGGGGGGUUCAAUUUCUAG